AUGGCAGAAGCACCAAGAACAACUCCUCGCCUCUCAUUAAAGGCCAGGCUCCUCCUCGCCGCCCACUCUUUCGGGGUGCGGGCUGCAACCCGUUCCGACCACACCCUAAACCGCAGCCUAGUGAACAUCUUCGAUCCCAAAGCCUCUGCUUCCGCCAAACCAAUCAAUGGAGUCUCCUCUUUCGACACCAGUAUCGACCCCACCCGCAACCUGUGGUUCCGCCUCUACGCCCCAACAUCCACAGCCACCACCGCUGCUUUGCCUGUGAUCAUAUAUUUUCAUGGUGGGGGCUUCGCGUUCAUGGCAGCGAACUCAAAAAGCUUUGACGUACUCUGCAGGCGACUUGCAAGCGAAGUUAAUGCAGUUGUUAUCUCGGUAAAUUAUCGGCUUGCUCCCGAGCAUAGGUAUCCAUGUCAGUACGAGGAUGGCUUUGAUGCAUUGAAAUAUAUUGAUGGCAUGAGCUUUGAGAAAUUCUCGACAAAUUUGGACCUUGGAAAGUGUUUUAUAGCAGGGGACAGUGCUGGAGGGAACUUGGCUCAUCAUGUGGUGCUCAAAGCUAGUGAACACGCAUUUUCUAACAUGAAAAUUUUGGGACUUAUAGCGAUGCAGCCAUUUUUCGGAGGGGAAGAAAGGACAGAAUCAGAAAUCAAGCUUGUUGGGGUUCCUAUAAUAUCAGUGGAGCGUACAGACUGGAUGUGGAAGGCCUUUUUACCGGAGGGAUCGAACCGAGACCACCAGGCGGUUAAUGUUUCCGGACCAAAUGCGGUGGAUAUUUCAGGUUUGAAGUUUCCUGCUACGCUAAUUUUUGUGGGAGGGUUUGAUCCCUUGCAAGAUUGGCAAAAGAGGUACUGUGAGUGGCUGAAGAGGGCUGGAAAAGAAGUGCAUUUGGUUGAGUAUCCAAAUGCGUUUCAUGCAUUUUAUUGCGUACCUGAAUCACCUGAAUCUUCUUUGUUGAUCGGUGAGGUGAAGAAUUUUGUGGAAAAGCAGUCAGCUCUUGCAUAG